CAUUAGUCUGUUGGGGACGUUGGACUUUGAUAGAUCGCGAACAUAAUUUAAAGCUUACUGAAAUGUUGAUUGCAUUGCUUGUAAAUGCAGUAUUACUGGCAGUAGUGUGGGCGCUACUUCGAUACAUUAACAGAAGAUACUAUAUUCUUUCUCUAGCUAAGCGCAUUAAGACAGUGGAUGGCAGUCCUUUAAAAGGCAAGGUAGUUGUACUACCGGGUAAAACAAGAUUUGGUAAUAACUUUGAUGUACUGAAGAUGACGCCGGCAAUGUUAUUUCGUUUUGUCCGUGAUGCGUAUACUAAGGCCAACGGACAGAGCUAUCUUUGGUAUUUUCUAUUUGCCCCGAUGUACAAUGUAGUAUCCGCUGAGGAUGCCGAAGAAAUCUUUCAAAGUACAAAGUUGAUAACAAAAAAUGUUGUUUACGAAUUGCUAAGGCCCUUUAUGGGAGAUGGAUUGCUUAUUAGUACAGAUCGGAAGUGGCACAUAAGACGAAAAAUGUUGACACCUGCAUUUCAUUUUAAUAUCCUACAGGAGUUUUUAGAUAUUUUCAAGGAAGAAUGCAAUAAAUUUGUCGAUGUUCUAUAUCGAAAUGUGGAUAACGAAGUGGAUCUCAGUAAGCUUAUUCCGCAGUUUACAUUAAAUAAUGUUUGCGAAACUGCUCUUGGUGUAAAGCUUGAUGAUAUGAUCGAGGGCGCACAAUAUCGUGAAGCAAUACAUGCCUUAGAGACUGUCAUGGUAGAACGAGCUUGUAAUCCUUUAAUGUACUAUUUGCCAAUAUUUUAUCUCUAUGGUAGUUAUAAAAAGCACACAACAAAUCUAAAGUUGGCACACGACUUUGCUAGCCGCAUUAUCAAGCGUAAACGAAGUCAAAGCAAACAACAGACUGAAUUCAAAAGUGAUAUUGGCAAAAAGCAACGAUAUGCGAUGCUAGAUACCCUAUUGGAAGCAGAGAAUGAGGGCUUAAUUGACCAUCAAGGCAUUUGUGAUGAAGUAAACACAUUUAUGUGUUGGAUGGAGACUCUUCUCUAUCCGAGGCUAAUAUUGGGCUAA